AUGUUCCCAUGGUUGGCUCAUGGUCAUAUAUUCCCCUAUUUUGAGCUAGCUAAGAAACUAUCUCAGAAAAACUUCCACAUAUAUUUCUGUUCUACAGCAAUCAAUCUAACUUCAAUCAGUAAAUCCAUUGAAAAUAACUCCUGUGAUUCUUCAGUACAACUAAUCGAACUCCGUUUACCCUCAUGGCCUGAACUUCCUCCUCAUUACCACACAACCAAAAACGUGCCUCCUGAUCUUAUGCCAAAGCUCCAUGAGGCUUUCCAAUUGUCACGCUCCAGCUUUGCAGAGAUCAUCAAAACAGUAAAGCCUGACUUGGUCGUAUAUGAUUUCUUCCAACCAUGGGCUGCCACACUUGCUUCAUCACUAGGUAUUCCUGCAGUUUACUUUGCCACUUCAGGAGCAGCAGCGUUUUCAUUUUACCAUCAUUACUCUACAUAUGGGAAUGCUACUUUCCCUUAUCAGGAAAUCUAUUUACGGGAUUAUGAAAGAAUAAAUCUAGACAUUCUACACAAUAUUGAAAAAGAAGGUGAAGACUUUCCUUUUGGUAGCUUGAAACGAUCUUGUGAAAUUAUUUUGAUGAGGAGCUGCUGGGGAAUUGAGAGGAAGUAUCUUGAUUUAUUAUCUGUCUUCUGCCAGAGAAAAAUGGUAAGUGUUGGACCACUUGUUACGCUACCUGACCGUGAAGAAGAUUAUUCAGAGAUCAUGAAGUGGCUAAGCAAGAAAAAUCAGUUCUCUACUGUGUUCAUCUCUUUUGGUAGUGAAAACUACUUGUCCAGGGAGCAGAUUGAAGAGAUGGCACAAGGCUUAGAGCUUUGUGAUGUUAACUUUAUAUGGGUAAUUAGAUUUCCUCUAGGAGAGGCAAUCGGUAUAAAAGACGUACUACCAGAGGGAUUUCUUGAGAGGGUGCAAGGGAGGGGUAUGAUUGUGCAGGGAUGGGCUCCACAGGCUAAAAUUUUGGCACAUCCAAGUACUGGCGGUUUCUUGAGUCAUUGUGGAUGGAGUUCUAUAAUGGAAAGUAUUUAUUUUGGUGUACCUGUAAUAGCCAUGCCUUUGAAAUAUGAUCAGCCUCUACAUGCUAGGCUGGUGGUCGAAGCUGGUGUCUGUGUGGAGGUUCCAAGAGAAGACAGUGGACAAUUCAAGAGAGAAUGCGUGGCAAACUCAAUAAGUAAGGUGAUUGUGGAGAGGACAGGAGAAGGCAUGAGGUCGAAGGCUAACGAAUUGAGAAAUAAGAUGAAAGAUGAAGAAGAAGUAGCCAUAAAUGAAACAUCAGAGCAACUAUUUCAGCUUUGUGUCAAGUUUAAGGAGAAGUAA